UAACCUACUUCCGUGCGGGCGCCAACCGCGGUCGCGACUCCACCGCACUGUACUACUAGAGAGUACGUACGACGCUUAUCUAUGACGCUACUCAGUGAUGAACUGUUUCACGAAAACACAGAACCUGUUGCGGUCUACCGCCUGUUCUGAAUGGACACUAAUGUUAUAUGCAGGGGACGUUUGAGCGAAAUGUUUUACGGAAGUGCCCCGCGCUGAACGCGUCCAGUGUCCGCUUCUAUAAACUAUGCUCGGAGGUGGUGUGUCGAAAAAUUUCCGAAGACGUAAAUUAAAAAGGUGAUCGGUGCAAUUUAUUAGUCGUGGAACUUUGUGUGAUGUGCACGCUGCAACGCUGAGCAAACUGUCAGCGGGCGACAAGCUGGGGCCCGACGAGGCGCACGACGCCUCCGCGCAUGCACGACAGCUCCAGACGAUGACCUCCACAAUGGGAAUAAUGACACUCAGCCGCGGCCCGUGUGACCUCGACAACAUGAGUCUGUUUCAAGACCUCAAAUUAAAGAGGCGGAAAGUUGACUCCCGAUGUAGUAGCGAUGGCGAGUCGGCAGCCGACACCAGCACGUCCUCGCCGGACCCGGGCCCGCCGUCGCCGCGUAUGGCCGAGGCGGGCUGCAGCACACCACCGCACCCGCCGCCCGUGUUCGACGGCGGGGGCUCACCGUCGCCUUCGCCCGCAUGCCACCCGACCGUCAUCCGCUCCGCGCCGCCCUACUCCGUCAUCAAGUUCGAGGGGCCCUCCACCGCUGUCAAGGUAGAGAGCUCCGCCGCUAGCGGCAAGCCGGACACUCCUUCGCCCUCUCAAGCAUCAUCUGUGAAGCUAGAGAGCACCUCCCAGGAGCACUCACCAGCCUGCAGGCCUAGACCUUUGGCUCCUCCGCCGACUAGCACGCACUCGUCCCUUUCACCUGGCCACUGGCCGCCCUCCGCGUGCAUCAACGGUGUUAAGCCGGAGCUCAUCGGAGGCCAUUUCCCACCACAACCUCUGGAGCCUAAGGCCGGAGCCAGAGGACCCGCCCAAUGGCGAGGUUCGCCAGCUGUUAUCAUGGGCGAAUCCGGUGGCGUCCGAACGAUGUUCUGGACUUUACCGGCACCGACAUCAACUAACGAGCCGGCAGCGAGUGUAUCGCACACGCCGACGCCGCCCACGCCCGAUCCAGCCACCUGCACUGAAGAAUCAGCUGCCCGACUACUACUUAAUCUUGGAGGUGAUUUGAGAAGACCUCGGGGACCACCCUUAAAUAUGGAAUUACUGUGGGCCGGAGACGUGUCCCAAUUACCAGCCAACCAGCAGAUACAUGCACUAAAUCUUAGUCCAUCGGCGGGCAGUAUGUCAGGAACGUCAGCGAUCGCGAGCGCCAGCUCUCUUUCAAUUCCACGGCCUGAGCUACGCGCGUAUGCUCCUGAAACCGAGCGUGACGAAGACGAACAACCUAUGAUUUGUAUGAUAUGUGAAGACAAAGCGACUGGACUGCACUACGGCAUUAUCACUUGCGAAGGCUGUAAGGGUUUUUUCAAACGGACUGUUCAGAAUCGACGGGUUUAUACAUGCGUUGCCGAUGGAGGCUGUGAAAUCACAAAAGCGCAAAGAAAUAGAUGCCAGUAUUGUCGAUUUAAGAAGUGCAUUGAACAGGGAAUGGUAUUACAAGCCGUACGAGAAGACCGCAUGCCGGGUGGCCGCAACAGCGGCGCAGUGUACAAUAUGUAUAAGUAUAAAUAUAAGAAGCAUAAAAAAACUAACGCAAAAGCAGCGACGACCACGAGUAGGGCGUCACCGCCGGAGAAACCUAAAGACCCUCUACCACCGAUCCCACCGCACCUUGUCAACGGGACCAUACUUAAGACUGCAUUGACCAACCCUAGCGAGGUGGUACAUUUGAGGGCGAGACUAGAAAGCGCCGUGUCGUCGUCGCGAGACCGAGCGGUGCCUCUAGAGAGGGCGCUGCACAUGAUCAGGGCGCUGAUCGACUGUGAUGCGAUGGAGGAUAUCGCCACCGUGCGUCAUCUACCGGACCUCUUGCACGACACGUCCGAGAUCGGUGAUAAGUUGUGCAGGAUCGGUGACUCGAUCGUUCACAAAAUGGUCGCCUGGACGAAGAAAUUACCUUUUAUCAUGGAAAUUCCAAUGGAGAUCCAUUCGAAGCUACUAAUGGAAAAAUGGCACGAGAUCUCAGUGUUAACGACCGCCGCGUAUCAAGCGAUGCACGGCAAACUUGCUCAUGCGCCACCUUCAUCGGACCACGAACAUGAUUUUAUGCAAGAGGUGAACGCUAACUUACGGACGCUGCAGAACUGCCUGACAUCACUAAUGGGGCGGCCGAUCACGCUGGAGCAGCUCCGGCUCGACGUCGGCCUCGUUGUUGAGAAGAUGACGCAGAUCACCUGCGUCUUCCGACGCAUACAACUUCGUAUGGAGGAGUACGUCUGCCUCAAAGUCUACAUUCUCUUGAAUCAAGAAAUAGAACUGGAGGGCAUUCAAGACCGAUACGUUCAAGUUCUUCGAAGUUAUUUGGAGCACGCAGCGCCUCAUCAUCCAGGGCGGCUGCAGGAAUUAUUCGCGAGGAUACCAGAGAUCCAAGCAGCGGCGAACCUGUUGCUGGAGAGCAAAAUGUUCUACGUGCCGUUCGUGCUCAACUCUGCAGAGAUCAGAUAGUACAUGGCCCAGCAGGGCGUAUAGUUCUCGAUGUACGAGACCAGCGCCCCGCGACCGCGCCGCGCCGCCGUCUUAUGAUUUCCCGAGACCGGAGACCGCGGUCUCGGCCCAACCCGCCUCCGGGGACCGGGCGCGCCGCGGACUGAGACCACGCCUGAUCUCGAGACCCUAAAUAAAUAAAUCUGCGGACGCACAGGUGACGCAGUGAUUAAAAAAUCAAAGACAGUGUUGAUCACGAGUGAGACAGUGCGUUAUACCUUUGUUGAGUCGAUGUGUGUAUUGGUUUAUUGUUUAUUAGAGGAAUUAAAACGUCCCAAUCGACAGACUGAUUUAUGAUUAAACUAGCUAUUAUUUUAUAGAUAACCAGGGACUUGAAUGCGUGUUUUAUACGUGGUAGUGUAUACUACUUAGUGUUAAAUAGAUUAAAUAUAUAAUUAUGUUACUAUAUAAUUUUUUUUUUGUCAAUCGGAGAACCGCAUAAUAUAUUAUUUCUGU